CUGGUGCAGGGAAAGGAAGCAACGAAGGUAGGAAAGAAGGGAAGGCAGCGAGCCGGACAGGCGCGCGGCGGGUCGGCCAACUGGGGAGGGCCGGAGCCGUGAGGGGCGACAGUGAGGAUGGCGGAGCCGCGCAGGGUGCCGUUCAUUAGCCUGUCACCCGUGAGGCGGCGCGAGCUCGACUUCCCGGGGCCGGAGCGUGAACCUGAUUAUCCGCGGGAGCCCCCGCGCCUCGAGCCGCAGCCCUUUCGCGAGUCGUCCGGGCCGGAGCCGCCGGUGCCUCGAGACGCCCACCCCCGGUCGGAACCUCUGCGACCGCAGCAGGAGAAGCCUCCCGCUCCGCCGCGCGAAGGCAGCCGGGCUGAGCAGCCGCCGCAGCCUCGCGAGCCCCCUCGGCCCGAGCCGCCACCGCUGCCGCCCCCCCAGCUGCACCUCCCACCGCCGCCGCCGCCUCCGGCCCCGGCCCCGGCCCCGGACCGGGAAGCGGCCGUCCGUGCCGAGCCGCCGCGGCCUCUGGGGGAGACUGUGCGCCUGGAGCUGGUGCUGAAGGAUCCCACCGACGAGAGCUGCGUGGAGUUCAGUUAUCCGGAGCUGCUGCUGUGCGGAGAACAACGGAAGAAGUCCAAUCACUCAGAUCUGUUUAAUGAUGAGCAUCGAGAGAGGCAUGAGGUGGAAAUGUUGGCUAAGAAGUUGGAAGCAAAAUAUGGUGUGAAAUCUAAACACCGGAAAGAUCGGCCACAAGAUCUAAUUGAUAUAGGUUUUGGCUAUGAUGAGACAGAUCCAUUCAUUGAUAACUCAGAGGCUUAUGAUGAAUUGGUGCCUGCUUCUCUGACCACAAAAUAUGGAGGCUUUUAUAUCAAUACGGGUACACUACAGUUCCGCCAAGCAUCAGACACUGAAGAUGAAGAUUUUUCAGAGAAUCAAAAGCACAGGUCACCUAAAGUUUCCAAAGUAAAAGAAGAUGAUGUUGGAAUAAAAAAGCGAAAGCGGAAAGAAGAAGGGGAGAAAGAGAAGAAGCCUAGGAAAAAAGUUCCCAAACAACUGGGAGUUAUGGCAUUAAAUUCACAUAAGUCUGAAAAAAAGAAGAAGAAGCUCUACAAAGAUCCCCUUUCUCUAGAUGCCAUGAUAAGGAAAUUUCAGAAAGAGAAAGAAGCAUUAAAAAAGAAAGAGUCUAACUCUAAAGCUCCAGUGACUAUGUUGACUACCACUCUCAGUAAAUCCCCUUCAUCUGCAGCUACAGCAAUGGGAAAUGAAGUCUCGGACUUAAAUCUUAAUAGCGCUGAUCCAGUCCUUUCCAUUUUUGGUAGCACCAAUGAGCAUGAACUACUUCAGGAGGCUGAAAAUGCCCUAGAGAUGCUUGGUGAUUUAGACUUUGAUCGGCUACUGGAUGCUACUUCCAAUGGUAGUCCCGUGUCUGAAUCAGGGGGAGAGAAUGGAAACACUCCCCAGCCAGCUCACACCUCUCAGGUUGUUUUACCCAAGGUGGUGCCUGCCCUCCCAGAAGGUCUGCCAAUACGUCUUGAAAAACGCAUUGAAGACCUCCGCAUAGCUGCCAAGCUUUUUGAUGAAGAAGGUAGGAAAAAAUUCUUCACACAGGAUAUGAACAACAUUCUACUGGACAUUGAAUUACAGUUACAGGAACAAAGCCCAGGCAUCCGAAGUGGAGUCUAUUCUCACCUUGAGGCUUUCGUACCGUGUAAUAAAGACACACUGGUAAAACGUCUAAAAAAGCUGCACCUCAAUGUUCAGGAUGAUCGUUUAAGAGAACCAUUGCAGAAACUGAAAUUGGCUGUCAGCAAUGUUAUGCCUGAACAGUUGUUCAAGUAUCAGGAGGACUGCCAGGCUCGAAGUCAAGCUAAGAGUAUUAGGUCACAAGCAGAUGAAGAACGAGAAAAAAAUGGAUCUGAGGAUGAUGAUGAUGAGAAACCAGGAAAACGGGUCAUAGGACCAAGAAAAAAAUUCCACUGGGAUGAUACCAUUAGGGCUUUGUUAUGUAACCUUGUCAAGAUUAAGUUGGGAUGCUAUGAGCUAGAGACAAAUAAAAGCCAAUCUGCUGAGGAUUAUCUUAAGACCUUUAUGGAGACAGAAGUGAAACCAUUGUGGCCUAAGGGCUGGAUGCAGGCUAGAAUGCUCUUUAAGGAAAGCCGAAGUGUUCACAAUCAUCUCACUUCUGCUCCGGCAAAGAAAAAGGUAAUUCUGGCACCUAAGCCCAAAGUGAAGGACUGCAGUCCUAAAAAGAACCAGAAAAUACAUACAUCUUUAUUGUCUUCAGUUGGUGGUCCGUCAGUGAGCUCUGUUACUUCUGCUGUUGCCCCAACCAGCUCUAGCAGUACACCAGCCCAGGAAACUAUUUGCCUUGAUGAUUCACUAGACGAAGAUCUUUCUUUUCAUCCACCUUCACUGGAUUCUGUUUCUGAGGCAUUAGCAGUUAUCAAUAAUGGAACCAAGGGCCCUCCAGUUCGCUCUGGAAUAGGUAUACCAACUACGAGACCUCGACCAGGACUUCGGGAAGAAAAAUUAGCAAGUAUCAUGAGCAAGCUGCCACUGGCUACUCCAAAAAAAAUAGAGUCAGCUCAGACUGCACAUUCAUCAAGUCUUAUUGCUGGCCAUACAGGACCAGUACCAAAGAAACCCCAGGACUUAGCUCACACUGGCAUCUCGUCAGGCCUUAUUGCUGGUUCAUCAAUUCAAAACCCUAAAGUUUCCUUAGAACCUCUGCCAGCCAGGCUUCUUCAGCAAGGACUCCAACGGUCAAGCCAAAUCCAAGCAUCUUCCUCUUCACAGGCCCAUGCAUCUUCUUCCUCUUCCCAAGCCCAAACUGCUGCCUCCUCUCAUGUUUUGGUGACUUCUUCAGAGGCCCAAGAAUCUUCCUCAGUAACACAAGUGACAAAGGUGCACCAGCAUUCAGCUGUCCAACAAAACUAUGUGUCCCCAUUACAAGCCACCAUUAGUAAAUCACAGACUAACCCAGUGGUGAAAUUAAGUAGUAAUCCCCAGCUUUCUUGCUCAUCCCCACUCAUCAAGACUUCAGAUAAACCACUUGUAUACCGCCUUCCUUUAUCUAACCCCUCAUCUGGAAGUGGCUCUCAAGGGUCCCAUCCACUGGUCUCUCGGACAGCACCUAGCACCUCUACCUCUAGUAACUAUUUAGCCAAGGCCAUGGUGUCACAAGUUUCCACCCAGGGUUUCAAGUCUCCUUUUUCUAUGGCUGCAUCCCCUAAACCUGCUGCAUCCCCUAAACCUGCUGCGUCUCCUAAGCCUGUAACAUCACCUAAACCCUCUGCCUCACCCAAGCCCUCUGCCUCACCUAAACCCUCUGCCUCACCCAAGCCCUCUGCUUCACCCAAACCUCCUGCUUCACCCAAACCCUCUAUAUCAACUAAACCUUCUAUGUCAACUAAACUUAUCAUAUCUAAAUCCAAUCCAACUUCCAAGCCUGCCGUAUCCCCCAGUUCUUCCAAUUCAAGUGCACUAGUAGCCCAGAGUAGCCACUCUCCCAGUAACAAUCCAAUCCAUAAACAGCCCAGUGGAGUAAAUAUCAGCAGACAGUCUCCUACCUUGAAUUUACUGCCCUCUAGUCGCACUUCAGGCCUUCAGUCUGCAAAAAAUCUUCAGGCCUCUUCAAAGUUAACUAACCCAGCAUCCACUGGAACUGUUGGAAAGAAUAGCUUGAGUGGAAUCGUAAUGAAUGUACCUGCCAGCAGAGGUGGCAAUCUAAACUCAAGCGGAGCUAAUAGGACUAGUCUGUCUGGGGGGACCGGAAGUGGAACACAGGGUGCUACUAAACAGUUGUCUGCUCCACAUAGACCAUCUACUGCCUCAGGGUCUUCAGUUGUAACAGCCAGUGUGCAGUCCACAGCAGGUGCAUCCUUAUUGGCUAAUGCCUCGCCUCUCACUCUCAUGACAUCACCACUGUCUGUAACAAAUCAAAAUGUGGCACCUUUUGGGAUGCUGGGGGGCCUGGUUCCUGUCACCAUGCCCUUUCAGUUUCCUUUGGAGCUGCUUAGCUUUGGAACCGACACAUCUGGAGUGACAACCACCUCGGGAUCUACCUCAGCCGCUUUCCACCAUAGCCUAACUCAGAAUAUGCUGAAGGGUUUACAGCCAGGAGCUCAGCGUGCAACAUCACUUUCUCACUCACCUCUGCCUAGUCACCUACAGCAAGCUUACAAUGAUGGAGGCCAAAGUAAAGGGGACACUAAAUUACAACGGAAAACUCAGUGACUUCCCAGCUAGCAAAGGAGUUGGAACACUUGAUUGGCUGAUGGAAUCUACCUGAUGGGAAAGUACUUAUGUGGUCACAGGGCUGCUGUUUCUGUCAAUGUUUACAUUCUCUAGUCCCAAGCACUGUGGUGAGGAGGAAAAGGAAAAGAAAAACAAUACUUGAUCAAAGCCAGGUGCAGGAGGAAGAAAGGCUUUUGUGCAGACUUAGAGACCUUGUUCUUUUCUACAGAAAGACAGAGUUACAAUGCUAACUGGCUUUAAAUCGAUUCAGUUGUCAAACCCACAGAAGUACAAACUUGAUUUUCCCCAGGGGAGGAAGAAGGAAUUUGAACAGAUUUGGGUGAAUUUCAUCCAUCCUGGGGGUUGGGGCCUGACCACUCUGGGUGCAGAUAUAAUUUCAUAAUAAGAGAAAAUAUUUUAGUCCAAUAUGUCUGAAAUUAGACCAGCUUACCAGGAGUAAUGAUCAUGUCUGCUUGAGUGGCCUAUGCAGCAAAUAAUAAAUUUGCCACAGAGAACCCAUUAACAUGUCCAGUGUCUGAUACAGUAAAUAGAUGAAUACUAUAUCCUCAAAAAUCCUGAUCAAACUUGAACCUUCUUUACUGAUGCAGGAUCUCCAGCAUGUAGCAAUCCCUCCAUGUAGAACAGUAUACAAGGUGGACUGAGGAUGCUGCAGGAAAGAGGAAUAAUAAUCCCUCUCCAGAAACUUAUUUUAGCACAGUGAUAUGUAGUAUUAAAUCAUCUAGAUUUUUUGAAGACAAUAAGAAAAUGGAGUGUCUUUUGCUCUUAUCAGAUCAAAUGUAAAGAUUUUCCCCUUUUAUCAAAGGGUCAUUUUCCCCUUAGACACAGGUACUUAAUGAAUUUCGGCUGGUGUUUUAUUUAUCUGCUAUUAAUUGGUCAAUUCUUAAUUUCACCUCUUUUUUAAUAUAGUUACUUAUAUAUUUUUCUCUUUGAAAGGUGGGAAACCCUCAGGGUCAGUGUUUCUGCUGUGGAGGUCUCAGUCCUUGCUAGUCUAAUGAUAUGACUUGUGACUCACUUUAACCUGAAUUGACAUUAGUUAACAGAUUCUUUUUUAAUUUGGAUAGUGGUACUUCAGAUUAACUUUUUGAUUUAGACAGUAAUCAGUGUAUUUAUGACAUAAUGGUUCUUCAGUGACCAUUCUGUAUGGCAGUCAUAUUUUGAGUAUUUUAGGUCAGCAUUAAGAGAACAGUGGGGCUAGUAUCAUUAUGUAUAGUAAGGAAUUUUUGUGAAGAUUUUUACAGCUCAUUUCUCCUACCUAAAUCCUAAAUGGCUUAAGUCUAUUGUCAUUAAUUAGUAGCAGUGAAGAUCCUAAAACCUCAUUAGCUAGAAGUUUUAACAGGAGAGUCAAUCUGAAGGGUUGAGAAUCCUCCACUGGUUCUGAUUCCACAUGAACCACCAGUGGCACAGGAUUUUGAGUGGCCACGUGGAGGAAAGUAUGUGAUUUGUUUGGUUUGAUUUGACUUUGGUUUUGGUUUAAGCUUUAAAAAACAAACGUUGUUCUGUUUUCUUUUGCUUGAAGUUUAGCUUUCUUAAAAGCCAUGUUUUUCAUAUCUUCACUGUGCUCAGAAGUAAAGGCUUUUGUAUUCAAUCCAUUUGUAUAAUAAAUGACAGACUAACCUGAAAUAAAAUCAUUCAUUAAGCAUUAGAACACUGACAAAAAGAUUUCCUUCCUAUUAUUCAUGGGAAAUCAUGUCACACAGUUCAUUUAGGUUUAUGAGGGUACAUAUGCUAACCCAGACCUUGAUUUUCCUUUAUAUAAAAAGUUCCUCAUAGCCUAAAAAACUAUUAAAUUACCAACAUUUGUAUCUGGAUUUUUUUAUUUUGAAGUCGUAUUGACUUUACAUUGUGACAAAAGAACAUCUUUUUAAACAUGCAACUGAAUUUUUGAAUUUUUAAAGCUUGAUCACAAUGUAGGGAAAAGGUUAAUUUAAACUUACUCGUUGAUUUUGUUUUGCUUUUGUAAACCUAAGAAUUUUGGUUACCAUGAUGCAAGUGUGAGUGUUUUGACAACCCUAGUAGGCAUUUUGGAAGAAUUUGGAAGAAGUUGCUGAGAGGGACUCCAGGGCUUAAAUUAAUAUGAAUUGAUUUAAAUUUUGGUUAAAUUUUUAUUAGAGAUAUUUUCCCACUACUUCAUUCAUUUUAGUAUUGUCGGCAUUUUGCUCAUAUUCACUAAACUUAGUGGAAAAUAUGAAAUCAGUUUAAAGAAUUUCUUUAUUUGUAUCUAUUUGAAUGAAUGUUAAUGAGAUUUUUGUUUUAAGGCUAGCCAUCUGUGAUGAAGGUUAGGGCUUUCAGAGUGUUCCUAAGCUUGCUGCUUCUGUUAAUUGUGCCAUGAUAUGCUAAAAUCCAUCACUUCAAAUUUCAUAUUAGAAACACUGUAAUACUCAUACUUCUUGAAUUAACUAAUGUUAAAUCAUGCCAUAUUGAUUUCUUUGAAUUUCCUGUGUCUGCCUGACAAUAGGAUUAUAAAUUAUUUUCCCUGAUGUUAUUUCAUACUCACUAAUAGAAGUAUCUGAAGAAUCCUUAUUUUCAAGGGUUCAGAAACAUUCAGGGUUCAUUUUAUUCAGUCCUUAAUCUCUCUAGGAUUCUUCUCAGAUCUUUGAUUUUUUAAAAAAAUCAUAAAUAACCUCACCAUACUCUGUUCUAUUUCCCUACCUUUUUAAAUAUUGUACAAGAUGAGUCAAAGGGCCAGUGCACACCUGGUUAUAUAUAAUUAGAAAUUUCUGCCAAGAGAUAAACACAUUUUUAUACUUAGAUUAUAAUGUUGGAAAUCACCCCCAUAUUCUUGUCAGUGUACAUUUGUACAGUGUGUCAUACUUGAAAAGAUGUUCAGUUCAUUUGACUAUUUUCAGCAUAGGAGCAUAGGGACUUGUGGAUCUUACUGCACUUUUGUACUUCAGCAAGGAUCAAAUUUUGUGAUUUUUAAACAUGUUAAAUUAUUGGAAAGGACAUUAGUAGAAUCCACAUUUCUUUGAAAGGAAGAGUGUUUUUCUGUAAGAGUGAAAGCAACGCCCCAAUGCAAAAGGAGAGUUAGCACAUUUAACUGAAUCUCACUCAGCAGGGUUCUUGUUUCAGGAAGACUAAACUGCUUAUUUUCAGCUGUCUUAUAUUUUUAAUGGCCUUCGAUGAUAUAUAAGCUGUUAUUGUACAUAAAAAGAAAUCCUCAGUAUUCACAAGCAAUAAUAGCCAGUACAGCUGUCUCUUGACAGAGCAGCACUGAGCUUAGAUUGGGGACUGUAUGGGAGCAAAGUGUCAAGCUCACUCAGAGCCUCCAAAAUAAAUGCAAGCAAUAAUGUCAAAGAUAACCCUAUAAUAAUGCCUUCUCAUGUACUUGAGAGAUCCAGAGAAAAUAAAUUAAGAUUUUUCAAAACGACCUGGGGGAAAGAAGCCAGGUUAAUCUUGAACUGUAGAAUUCCUUUCUCAGGAUCAGGAAGUCAGAUGAUCAUGUUUAUAUACUCUUCCAUGCCUACCACCCCUGUGAUGGAUGUUAGUAGCCCAAAUUGCUGGGUUUGUUUGUUUGUUUGUUUGUUUUAAUGAGGGAAGUUGGAUGGGGUAUAUUCUAUCUACAAGUAAAGGGAGAAACAGAAUCAGUAGUAUGAAUGCUGUGGGUUUGACAUCUGUUUAGUAAAAAUCUAUUAAAAGUGACUUUUAACCCAGGAUCUUUUUCCCCCAAAGCAGAUCUAAGUUGUUUACUACCCCGGGUUUGGGAAGGGCAGAUACCUUUAGUCUCUUUCCUGUACCCAUUACCAUAUCCCCUUGGACCUCCACUUGGUACAAGACACUUUCUGGAAGUGAAAAUAGAGAUAUCCUAUAAUUGUCUCAGACUGCCAUUUAUUAAAAGAAUUGUAUAUUCCUGGGGAUCAUCUUUUAGGACUCCAACUGUCUAUCACAUUUGCUGCUACAUUUGUAAAAUGAACUUUGACUGUAUUAGCAAACUUUAGAGUUUACAGUUCUUUAUUUGGAAGAAGGGAUCAUAGUAGAAUUUUGCUCAUGGGUAGAAAUGAGAUGUUUUAUUUUGGGAGUAUACCAUGAAAGCACAGUGGUCCCUCUAUUCUGUUUUUGAUUGUUUGCAUUUUGAACUUAUUUUAAAAGAUGGAAAUAGAAGAAUAAGUAAAAUCUGUAGUCAAACCAAACUUGAGAAAUCUCCCUAUACUUCAGCUCCCCAAUUUCUUCUGAACUGAAGUUGUUAGUAGGGACGUUUAAUCUCAAGGUGGCUUUUUUUGUUGUUAUUAUUAUUCUUGGGGGUUUUUUUUAAUAAUGAAGCAGAAAACAAAUGCAGUAGGUAAAUGACUAAUUAAUAUUAUGCAAUUUUUAUUUUGUAAAAAUUUAAGGAGGAAAAAAGUAAAAUGUUGGUGAAUUUUAAUCAGUUUCCACACUUGCAAAAUGCUUAUUAUUGUCCCCUCUAAGAUAUGCUCUGUUCAGGCCUUUGUCCUUUGUUAAGUGCCUUUUUUUUCCUUUUCUUUUUUUUUCCCCCCUUUUGAAACUGUUCUCAGAGAUCCUAAAGUACAGGCUGAAUAGUCAGGGAUUUGAGAAAAAAAUCUUAAACUUGCCAAGGUGACAUCAUGUUGAAAUACUCUUCCUUUUCCUAAUACAUAUGUGGCUAUAUGUGUAAGAUUUAUGUGUGUGUGUGUGUGUGUGUAUACACACACACACACACACACACACACACAUAUAUACGUACACAUACACAUACAUAUAUAGAUAGAUAUGCAUAUACAUAUUAUAAAAACUAGGAGCUGCUGUACCAUUGCAUCCUUUCUGAACACUCUCCUCCAACACUCUUGCUUUUAAGAAAUGGGUAAUCAGUAGAAAUGGGUGAUUGGCAAUCGUGUUUCCAGAUGGUAGUAGCUGCUGCUUUGUGUCUAUGCGUUUGAAUAUACUUUGGAAAAGAACAUUCUUAAGUUUAUUCUGACGAUUCUCUGUAGGUUCUUGUCACAAAUGGAAUGAAAACAAUAUACUUGCUGUCUACCACUAGAUAUAUUAGGUUGUUUAGGUACUUCAAACUUUUCUAUGAGUAAUGUCCAGUUGUUGAAGUAUUGGAACAACAAGGGUAUAUUAUAAGUUAAGGUGAUUGGGUACAUUUGAGCAUGGAGUAAAGCAAAACUAAAAUAAAAAUUAGAUUUGGGGUUUGAUACCUAAACAGUCUCUGAGGGAAGUGAGUGUUUUUGUAAGUACUAAAUUUUCUUCUGAAAAAUAGUGUUUAAAAAAAAUCAACAUAGCUACAUAUGUUAUAAAAAAUAAAAUUACAGCUACAGAAGGUUCAGAUGCUGAAGACUGCAGUCUCAAAAAAGAACUCUAUAGUAUUCUUAGAAGACUUUUUAGGUCUUUUUGGGGGGGGAAGGCAGCCAUUAUGUUGCUCUUGAUUCAGGACUAUGUAAAGUUCUUUGAUUCAAGAAGCAUAUAUAUAUAUACCCAUAUCUAAAAUUCGUCUAUGUAACUAUUAAAAACAAAAAAGUAUGACAAUUUUUUAUAAAGGAAUUCAUUAUUUUGGGUCGAAAGGUUGGGAUUAAUUAAUUUAUGAAUCCAGUGUUUUCCUUCUCUAGUGUAGUCAGUAAAUUCCCUUUUAAAAAAUUUGACUUGAGAAAAAGCUAAAGGUAAGGAGAGGAAGAAAGGAGCAGUUCCUGGUAGCAUUAUUUAAUUAGAACAGAUAGCAGAUCUUCUGGGUUCAGUCAUAAGCAUUGUUACUGGUUUAUUGUGUUUAGGGGAAAAUCAUUUAACCUUCGUGCCUCAGAUUACCCAUCAGAAAAUUGGGUAUAAUUAUCUUCACCUACCUCCCAGGGAUAUCAUGAAACUUUAAUAUUUCAAAAGAAUUUUUAGUUUCUCUCAAAUUCCUACAUAAGUGCAAAGUCUUAUUACUGUUUUCUUGUAAAGGCUGAGUAACUGUUCCCCCCUAAUGGGUCUAAAAGUACCAUAACAUUUUUAACAUUCUGGAAAAUCAGUGAAAGUCUAAUCUAGACACCAAUUUGAUAUUUUAAUACACUCUCUUUAUUCCUGGUGAGAAAAAAAAUAUUUGAACUGGAAACACAUUUAAGUGGUAUCAUGUUUCUGAAUAGUGUCCUGUUUUUGUAAAGUGGUGGAAGUAGAUCUGAAUUUGGGAAACCCUAAAUUAGUUUUUAAAUUAUUACGUAAUCUGGUUGUUUUGUAAAGAUUAAAACCAUUUCUUUAAAAAAAAAUAGAAUGUACAACAGUGACAAGUGACACUGUACUGCUUCCUGUAACUGAAUUGUCAAUACCACAAGUUAACAUUGCCAUUAACAGGAUGGUUAUGGCUACUGGGCUGAGACAUGGCAAAUGAAUUAAAAGCCUCUAAUUGACUGGCUUUGGGGGUUAAUGAUAAUCUUGAAAGGUGGCUGUUUUCUUUGUCUAGAGCUAAUUUUGUCAGACCAAACUACUUUUUUUUAGAGAUUGGUAGGAUUUUAGCUUUAAAGAUGAAAAGAAUUUGGGAGACAGUUUAUAAUGAAUCUUUCUAGGAAUGAGCAUAAUGAGUCUUAGUUCCUGUACACAUGCAUCAGACAUCAGGCUCACCUGUAACAUAACAAUUUUAUUUGGGUUGGUAUAGUGCUUAGCCAGCUUUGCACUGAAGUGACAAAUGCUACGCAAACACUUUGUUCUUGUCAUUUUGUCAAAUGCGUCGUCAACUCUAUACACUCCCAUCUCCAUUGGUGACAAGGUUCUGCUUCUCUGUUCUCAGAAAAGCCCAAGAAUGCAUUGCACUGGGUAUGUGAGACAAGGGAAUAUGGGAGAGAGGUAGGAGAGGUACUCUUCUCUGUCAUGAGUAGUGAAUAUGUUUUUUCCCAGUUCACAGAAGAAAAUCAAAUUAUGUUUUUCUUUUUUCCUCAUCCCUGUUUGUCAAAUAGCAAAUAUAUGUUUAUAAUUAUCAUAAAAACUCAGUAGGAAGUAUGAAUUUGAGUAACAGUAAAAAUGCUGAGUACUUGCCAUUAGGGCAUGUUUGUAGAUUUCAGACUGUAGCACAUGAUCAGGAUCAGUCAGGAGAGUUAAGGAGAUGAAUAUAGGAUGUCUGGCCAAAAUAAAUCAGGAGAGAGAGCACCCUGGCCCAAGGCAAGCAAAGCAUCUGGUUUAGCUUGCAGAGUUUUCCAAGGACCAAUUAGUUUGUCUCUAGCAAUUAAAAACUGUUCUUUUUUGCUUGCUGUUUUGUUGCUUUUUUUUCCUUCCAGAUAAAGCCUUAGUUGUCACUAAUAUCAACUAUGCAGAUAAAGGUAUUCUUUGUUUCCCAGUAUUAUAUAACUUUUUCCUCUUUUCCCAUUCCUCAAAUAACAUGUUAGACUUCUACCCAAAGAAUUAAGGCAAAAGGUUUUGUUGAAUGUGUGUUCUUCAAGGAAAAAGAGAGAAAUUCUGUUUUGUUUAACCUUGAAAUGUGAACUUUGUAUUAAAAAACAAAAUGCAAACCCUUUCACUGGUGCCAGACUGUAGUUAAUAUCACAAAAUGGCUUUGGGUUGUUGAACUAAAACUAUUUCAGUGGAAUGUUUAAUACAGAGAGAGUUUCAAAUAAUGAGGCAUACAAUUUUCUGCAAAACUGAAUGAAAAAGCCAGAAUUUUGUUUCUAUAUAAUUCUGAUUUGGAAAUAGCUUUGGAAAUUGAAUCCGUAAUUUUUGCCCUUCUUAUUGUCCCAUCAAUCCACAUUUUCAUAUUUUCUAAUCUUUGUGAUCAAAUAGUCCAUCAAUUCAACUGGCACAUUGUCUCUCCAGAAUGAAAUUUUAGCAAUCUGUUCUCUUCCCAUUCAAGUCCAAAGCCAAGACUAGGGUCCAAAAUAUAUUUCAAAAGAGUGGUAUUCACAUCUUAGUUGAGGAACUUGUAAAGAUUCUUUGUACCAUUGCUAAAGCACUAUAUUGGGAGACCAGAACUGUUUUUCUUAAAAGUUUAUUAAAAACUGUUUCAGUAAAUCAGACUGUAUUCAUAUGUCCUAAUGUGAAAUUAUAUUCUUUCACAUGUCCUGAAAAACUAAUUGUUGAAAAGUAAAUUUUAGUGAUAGAAACAUCUACCUUUAUUUUUAUUUCAUGUCCUACUGCUUUUACCUCCUUCACUUUCAAUGGAUUUCCAUUUCAUAGUAUAUCAGAACUUCUGGCACUUUUCCAAGCUGUUAGCCAAACAUAUCAAGUAUGUCUUUUGAGAAGAGAGGUGUAAUUAUGUAGAUAUCUGUGUCCAGGAUUUAAAGAAUUUACUUGGUCUCAAUGGGUGACUAAAACUUUUUUUCUUUUCUGUUACUAUAAUGCAGAAUAGCAGGUGUCACAACUGUUAAAAGGUAAUGAUAGUGACAUCUAUCUCAGAGAAAGCAAUUGGCAGGUUUGUUCUUUUCUCAGAAGUCAAGGUACAUUUUUUUAUGGGGGCUCUUAUUGCUUAAAAGUUCUUUUUCACAUCCAGUCCUUCCUGGAAAUGGGUAGAACUGCUCAAGUCCCUCUGUUGUUAGAGAUCUGGCUCCUACAAACCUGUUGAGCCCUCAGAGCUAGCUGUAGGGUACUGAUUUUUCUUUAAUUCUCAGACACCCCCAUAUUACCUAGUUAUAAUGGUGACGUGUUGAAUUGUACUGUUUUUAGUCAGCUUUUUUACAAGUUAUUCUAAUGCUAUUUUAAUUUUUUUAACAAGUGGACUAAUUAAAAUCUAAUGAAAGGAGAAAUAAGAUACCAUUACCCCAGGGUAGGUUGAAAAUAAUUUUCUUUUAAAAGCCUGUAGAUUCUUCAAAACAUAUCUUGAAGUCUGCCACAACAAAGGUAAGCAGGCUGGCCACAUCUUUACUAUGUGGCAUCUCCUCCACUUGCCCAAUCUACUACAUUUUAACUUUCACGUUCAACUUAUCCUUACAUCUAAUGUUGCUCCCAAUUCCUUUUUAAUUCUACUGGUUUUGCCUUAGAUAAUCGUCUAGAACAAUAAUAAUUCCUUCAGUACAAACUAGAGAUGACAUUGGUGGAUGGGAACUGCUUCUUUUAGCAAUUACUGUUUAAUGUAAUUGACAAGCUAGGAAUUUGACCACUAGCUUUUUGAUACAUUAUUUUUAAGCCUGGAUAUACCUACAUAAUUUCAUAUACCUCAAUGAGCUCCGUUGGUUUAGCAAAUAAUCUUUGCAACAAUAGAGCUUACAGACUUUCAAAAUUAGGGAAUGUAACUCAUGUCCUCUACCCAUUAGCCAACUUCCCCGUGAAAGGGUUUAAACUGCAGUAUCCUUUGUUUACCACCACUUUAAAAAUUUCCAAAAUUUAACUGCAUAAUCUAUCAAAAGUAGCAAAUUACUCUCCAAUAAAUGAGAAUAUGCAAAGCUGGAGGGCUUUCCCAGAGUGUUUUGCCUGCUUAUAGUUGUCAAAUGUAGUUGUAAAGCAGAGGAAAUGAAAUCUCUGGCUGGUGAGCAGUUAUUUUGCCCCAACUUACAGAUAUUUCUUAAAGCCUUCCUAAGGAUCUAAAAAGACCUCUAACCACCUCAUCCCCAACACACACAGAGCGUUUUCUUAAUAGCAAAGGUAAAUGCAUAUUUCUGAGAAUGGUUUUGGGACUGCAGAUUUAUAUAUUAUAAUUGCUUUGAAGUAAUUAUCCUACUCAGAUUUUUAUUCAGGGUCACCUAAUAUCCAUAUUCCUCAGGCAUGAAAAUUGAUGUGGGGAAGAAGCCUUUGCUUAUGAUAAAAAAGCAGGAUGUAACUUCAUGAUGUCUUUUCCCGGAAGAAACUUGCCUCCAGUAUACAUAUUCCUCUUUCUCCAGCCACCUCCACACUUCGUAUAUACCAGCUUGCUUCAGAACCAACCUUGAAGGAAGGAGCCUGAAUAAUCUAUUGCAGCUGCUCUUGUUGAUAGGCACUAAUUACUAUGUUGUGUUUGUUUGUUAGGGAGAUGCAUUUUGCUAACUUGAAGGGAUACUGUAAUUCUAAACAAGUGUGUGACUUAAUAUUCUGUUUUUAUUAUUUUUUCUCUCCUUUAAAAACUGGACCUGAACACAAGCUUUGAGUUGAUUUUUGUAAUAAUCUCAGGACCUGAAAGAUUGUAGCAUUUAGUGUGUCUUAAAAAUUAUGUACUGUACCAGCCAUGGAUUUUUGUAAAUACACCCGUCUCCCUUUUUUGUAUUAUUUUAGUAAAAAAAAUUUUAAAUAAAGGGGGGUGGUGGUGAUUUGUGUAUUUGUAUGGGUGUGUGUGUAUGGGGGGGGGGGGUGUAUGCGUGUAUAAGGCUCUUUUCAAGACAACCUGGUGCUUGCUUAAUUUCCAGCUCUUGUUAGAGUGGGAAUAUGAACAAACUGCUGCUACUAAAACCCUGCACUGAGUAUAGGUAUUUCCAUUUUAUCCUUUCUAAUAGUUGAUUGGAUGCUAGCUACCAGAUUAUUACUAGGAAGUUAAACCUCCUCUUCUCACCACCCCACUGCCACCUGCAUUCUUAGUUGUGCAGGACAGAACCUUGCCCCUUGGGAAGCUUAAUAUCAAAGACCUGCUCUAAUGAAGGAUUCUUCUAGUCUCACAAAAUAAUCAUAUGGACUUUUCUCCAUUUUCAAAGAUCUACUUUCAAGAACUCUUCACAGUUCUAUAAAUAGAAUUUAAAGCAGAUUUAUUUUACAAAACAUUAGUCAUCCCAUCAUAUUCUAGUGUCUUUUAGUGGGCAAGAGGGCUUUGAACAUUCCUAAAUGCAAAUCUGUGAAAGAAAUACUCUAUGGAUAUGCCCCGAACAGUGCAGGGAUUUAAUUUUUUUAUUUUUAAUUUUUUUUGGCAACAGCCUUGCUCAUAUUCCAGACAUAGCUAGCAGUUCCCUGUUUUAAAACAGGAGCCUUAUCUGAUUCAGCUGUAGAUGUUGCCUGUCCUUCAUUUGUGGCAGGGCCCUUUUACAUGAGUGUUCCUUUUUUUUUCUUUUAUAUGUGUCAUGUGUCUGUGUUGUAUUAAAUAAAAAGGAAUGUACAUAUUA